CCUGCGGGUUCCUUUACCAUUUUCUGUUACCUAAUUUCAUAAGCUAUGAAAAGAAUGGAUAGCAAUUUGAAACGAAUUUGGAUUCACAAACCUAAGAACUAAUUACUACUAGACAUGAUAAGACCAAAGGUGGGACACACAAAAUCGAAUAGGGUUUGAGAUUUUGUAUCAAUAUAUCCUUGAAUCUAGACGCUUAGAACUUUGGGAAAAUGUCAAAGAAAAACCCAAACCGGAAAUCCUUUGAAUCUAGAAAAGCUUAAACUUUGGACGUUGGCUCCAUUGUGAAUAUGAUUCAUCUAAAAGAGUAACGUUAGGUUUCAGACGAACCGGAAAUCCGCUGCCAAAAACCAUUUUUGACCUUAAUAGUAACUUGUUGCGGUUAAGAUGCAUGUUCAUUGACCAAAGAUUAGGAUGAUGAUGAUGAUGGCUUAAGCUUUGCCUCUAAUUUGUCACGUCAUGCUGCAUUAAUCAAUCUAACAGUCUGUGGAAAAGGCAUUCAUAUAAACGUGAAAAGCUCUUUCUGCAAAUCCUCUAGUAGCUAGGUCUCCCAUGGCCAGCCGCUUCCAGGUAACGACCUUCAAAAAGGGAGGGCCUGACCUUAUCACGCUGCAUAUCAAACUCCAAGUUGUACUUCAGUUGACCAGCCAAACAAACGGAAAAGAAAACACGUGGAAAAAAAGAGCCCAAAACUCUGAUGACAUUUCUUUCAGAUAAUCCGAUGGGCUUGAAAGUCCAAUCUUCUAGGCCCAUAUACAUUGGGCCUUUGUAUUUGUAAGGAAUGGAUCAACUCCCCAGUGAGAAGAUAACUUAUUUGACAAAACAAACUCGAAAAAUGGCCCACUAAGAGUAGACCAAAACAGCAACGUAAUAGUAGGAACUCCUUCAUUUUAUUGGUGGGGGCUGGCCGUAUACGGAACUCAUCAAACUACAGUGAGUCCCAGCUUUUUCAGUUUUGCUUCCAUGUAACUCUCGUUGUACUUGUCCAUUGGAGUCACCAACGGCACCGUUUCAGCAAUGGAGAAGCCAUACUCUUCAAGCCCCUUAUGGUCAUUUGCAGCAUUGUUUGAUAUCAGCUUGAUUGUGUUAACCCCCAAAUCCUUGAGUAUCUGCAAUUGUAUAGUAGUGGUUCCAAAUUCGGUAACGCGUAAGUUACGGUCAAUUGGAGAGAUUGUGGGUGGAGAUACAUAUAGAUACUCGAAUAAUGUCGUAUUAGUGAUGUCCCUCGACUACUACCGGAAUAGACAAGAAGCUUUAUUGGCUAGCUGUAUAGGAUUUACCUGUGCCACGACGGCGUACUCGUUAUAGCCGAUGUUGUCUCCUCCGUGUUUUUGGAUAUCAUAGUUAGCAGGAAACUUGAACCCCAAGCUAUUCUCUUUCCCUUUGUCGCCGCGGAGGUACACCAAUACUCCUUGCUCGGCUUCCUCAAUUUGCCUCAUGGCAUGCUCAAGAUGACUUCCACACCCGCAUCAUUUGACCUUGUAAUGUGAGCUACAAGGUCAUGGCUAAGUGUCUGGCGAACCGGCUCAAGAAGUUUAUGCCCCAGCUUAUCGACCCGAGCCAGUCAAGCUUUGUCCCAAAGAGACAUAUCACAGAUAACAUCAUCAUCUUGCAGGAAGUGGUUCACACUAUGUCUCUCACGAAGGGGGUCAAAGGUCAAAUGAUUCUUAAAAUUGACCUGGCCAAAGCUUAUGAUAGGAUUAAUUGGAAGUUCCUAGAAUCAACCUUGCAGGCGGCCGGUCUCCCUGAUGAUUUCGUCAAAUUGGUUAUGGCUUGUGUGACGACUGUUCGCUUUCAGGUGCUUUGGAAUGGUGGUUGUACUGAACCUUUCCAACCUACUAGGGGUCUUCGGCAGGGAUGUCCUCUUUCUCCUUAUCUCUUUACUUUAUGCAUUGAAAGAUUAAAUCACUGCAUCAAGGACUCAGUUGAUAGGAAAGCUUGGAGACCUAUUACUCUGUCCAAGGAUGGCCCUGCACUGACUCACCUAUUUUUUGCAGAUGAUUUGGUCUUAUUUGCGGAGGCGGAUCUAAAGCAAGGAGAAGAAGUCCUAACCUGCCUCAACCGGUUUUGUGAGGCCUCGGGGGAACAAGUUAGCAAAGACAAGUCAUGUGUCUUCUUCUCGAAAAACACCAUGGAGAGUGUGAAGAAACGUAUAAGCGACAUGUUGGGAAUCAAGCAAACCAACAACCUAGGGCGCUACUUGGGUGUUCCGGUCAUCCACGGCAGAGUCUCCAAAGACACCUACAAGUUCAUUUUGGAGAAGAUUGAUCAGCGGCUCUCGGGUUGGAAGGCGAGGAGUCUCUCUCUGGCAGGGAGAGUCACCUUGGCGACCUCGGUUCUUAAUGCCCUCCCGAACUAUGUUAUGCAAACGGCGGUGCUUCCUGUCUCUGUUUGCGACACCAUUGAUAGGAAAGUGAGAGCUUUUAUAUGGGGAGCAGAAGACGGAGCCUCCAAGACUCAUUUGGUUAAUUGGGAAACCAUAUGUAAACCAAAGGAGCUUGGCGGCCUGGGCAUGCGAUCUGCUAGAGCUCUCAACUUAUCCUACAUUAUGAAGCUCGGAUGGGCUUUCCUGAACAAGUCGGAGGAGCUUUGGAUCCGUGUCCUGCAAGGAAAGUACUUCAAAGUCAACGAUGCAGGGGCGUUGGUUAUGAAGAAAAGUAACCACUCAAGGCUUUGGAAAGGAAUUGUUGAUACUUGGCCUAUCCUUAAACAGCAAGUUGUGUGGGACAUUCGAGAAGGUCACAAUGUCCAAUUUUGGAUGGAUCCUUGGCUUGCCGAGGGAACGAUCUUGAGUGAGCAUAUCAUAGGCAAUGGCGAGGGAAUCAACUGGCAUGCCACCGUUGCUGAGAUGGUUACCAUUGAAGGUGAGUGGAAGUGGGAGGAUUUGGCGCCUCACCUGACUCAGAAUUUGCUUGCCUUGAUUGCAGGUACGGACCCUCCCAGGCCGGGAUUGGGCGAAGACAUUACUGCGUGGGGUAUGGAGCCAGACGGAAAGUUCAAGCUGCGUUCAGCUUAUUCCGCGGCUGUAGAAUGGUUGAGCGACGAGGAGUGGGAGACGGAGGAGGCGAACAAUCACCACCACUGGAAGCGACUCUGGAAAUGGGCGGGCCCGAACCGUAUUAAACAUUUUUUGUGGUUGGUUUUUCAUGACAGGCUAAUGACGAAUGCCCAGCGCAAGAGGAGGAAACUGACGACGGACGAUACAUGCCCGAUGUGCAGAAACGGACCGGAAACUACCGAACACAUUAUGCGCCACUGUUCGGGUUCAAUACAGGUAUGGCAUAGGUUGGGUAUUCAGGAGACAACUCUAACUUGCGGCCUUGGGUUUGCAGAUUGGUUUGAUGAACAUCUCAAGAGAGAUCAAGAAGGGCUUUUGUUUGGAGUGGCAGCUUGGUAUCUAUGGAAAAGACGCAAUGAGAAGGUCUUUCACAACCUGACCCAGGAGGAUCAGGUCUUGGCGCAACGCAUUGGAUGUUGGACGUCAACUAUCAGGCAAGCCCAGGAAAAUGACACUGCUUCACAUAAAGAAGCAACCAGGAAGACUACUCAAAAGCUCGCUUGGAGUCCGCCACCACAGGAUUGGAUGUGUGUCAAUACCGACGGUUCAGAGAAGCAGCCAGGAUCGGAAGCAGCAGGGGGUGGGAUCAUCCGGGACUGGAUGGGGAAAUGUAUGGGUGCCUUUGUGGAAAACCUCGGUGUAUGUACGAUUACCCGAGCGGAGAUUAUGGCGGCCAUUCGAGGCUUGCAAAUGGCGUGGAAGAACGGGUACAGGAAAGUCCUCCUCCAAUUGGAUUCUACUACUGCCAUCAACAUCCUUACCUCGCAGGAUCAAAUAGAGCACAGGUACCAUAAUCUGGUUCUUCAGUUUCAGAGAUUGCUUCAGCAGAACUGGGAAGUCAAAAUUUCCCACAUUUAUAGAGAAGGUAACAAAGUGGCAGACUUUCUAGCUAAUAAAGGCCACUCAGCUAGUAUAGGUUUCCAUAUUUUUGAAAGUGCAGACCCGGGUCUGAACUUCUGGAUUUUGUAUGACGUUUUGGGGAUUACCCAAAACCGGUUAAUUUAAGUAUCAGGCAGGGGCGCCCUUUUAGCGUCCCAUUUUCUACCAAAAAAAGAAAAAAAAAGAGAUAAA